AGGGGGGGCGGGGGCGGAGCGCUGUAGCUCAGGCCUGCGGUCACUGUGCGUUCACUGCGCGGCCCAUGCGACCCGGGACCUGCUGGGGGUGUGGGGGGGGUGUGCUGCCCCCGAGAGCAUCGCGGGGACACGGCCACGCGCCUGGAGGGAGGGGUCAGGCCGCCGUGGGGUCCCGUCUCCCACCCCGGCCCGAGCGGUGAGCUGGAGAGAUGCGGCCCGUCCCUGGAGGGUGGCAGGUGCUGGCCACAGUGUUGGCGCUCGGGGACCUGGCCUUCUUGGCCAGACUGCCCAUAGCAGCCCGGCGUCGUGACCGCCGCGCCGGGCCGGCUCAUGGGACCAGGAAGUGUCUCCCUGCCAGCACCAUCGAGCUGUUUUACAGAAAGACAAACACCCCAGAUGUGAGGUGAAGAUCAGCCAGCAGCCCUCUCCCGGGACACGGAUGUACAUGGCGUGUUACAUUCCUGAACCUACUAUGUACGGUGCUUACUGCCAGCGUGGUCUUUGUUCUCCUCCGUGAAAACUGUCUCCAUGCACGCUUUGGAGAACAAAGAGACAGUAUGCGUUGUUCAUGUGACAUCAAAGCAAGUAUUGUAGCGCUCGGUGAGACAAUAAGACGCUUCCUUGUCAAAAAACAGAGAGCAAACAAACCCACGAAACACGACAAACAGACUCACUCACAGAAAUAUCUGAACAGUUGCCGGAAUGGAGGGACGCCCCGAGGGACGGGAGGACUGACGUCUCGGCGGACUGGAUCUCUGUCCAGGGUGGUCACAGGUGCUUCUGCCGAGGAUGCAGAGCCUGCUUUCUGAAGGCUGCGAUCGGAGGCCGCGGGCUCUGCAGGCGCACGCAGGAGCCAAGACUGGGGAACCACAUCUCCUUGCCGUAGUGUUUGAGUCUUAUCCAGAAACUUCCCUGAGAGCCUUAAGUGGAUUUUUUUUUUUACAUCAUAAAGUGAUUAUUAAGCUUUCCUUUUUACUCUUGGCCUAGCUUUUUUUUUUAAUUAUCUCUUUGGAGGACAUUUACACCGAUGACACCAGGCCGCUGUGACAGUGAGGACAGGGGAUGGUCCCUUUCCUGCAGGAUGCAAGCGAACGAGCUGUAUUAAAAUAAACGUGGUAUGCCCACCCGUGCAUCAUUUCCUAAAUGUUUCUGGCUGUACGUGUUUCUUCUUGCCCCGUCUCACCCGCCUUUUAAUUUAAGCCAUUUCGAGAGAACUGCGUGAAGCAAUCACAUGCCAUUCCCCAGCCUCCUGCCUGCGUGGCCGGGCCUGAGGACCCGGCUUUCCCGAGCGGCGGCCCGGGCUUGCUCCCUGCUGCUGCCGUGUUUGGACAGAAACUAAACUCUUAUUUUUGGUAAGCUGUUACGCUUUACGUGUAUUCAACAGAAAUUCUGUGUGGUGUUGUUUAAUUUUGUUUUUUUUGUAAAGGUGAAGUUUGUAUUUUUGUCUAAUAUUACCAAGUUUUAUAUACCUGAGAGCCUGCCAUGGUUUUUUUUUUUUGAACCAAAAGGAAAAAAACAAACCCACCAAAAUGCAUUUACGGUGAAAAGCAUUUGUGGCCGCGGCCCAUCAGCGUCACAUGGCCUGUGGCCUGUGGUGCUGGAGCUCCAGGUGGUGACCGGGAGGUCUCGGUGUCCUGGGCCUGCCUCUGGGAUUCUGGAACCUAGAGGACCGGGCCGAACAGCUGCACCGGCAUCGUGACCUCACAGAGACACAGCGGCGCGCCCUAUCAGAUGCCAAGUGGAUGAGGAAGAUUUGAUCCCUCGGAGUGCGUGGACAGCAGUGUCUGCUGCGCCUGCGAACUGGGUCAGCCCUGUGUUGCCCGCGGCCUGCCGCCCCGUCCUCGCCUCAGAGCUCGAGUGACCGUCGGGACCCUUCUGUUGCCCUGGGGCCGUCUCCGGUGACAGGGAGCGUCCCAGGACUCACCUGUCUGUUAAGGAGCUUCUUCCACGCGCGGGUGUAGGACGCCUUUGAGCUAGCGCAUGGGGGUGUGGUCGCGGGCCGUGGCCCCGCCCCAAGGGGGACCGCCCCUCCCAGGAGGGGUGUCCCGCAGCGGCGCUCUGCGCGAUCCUGUGCUGUGGAUACAUGUCUGAUGUGAGAUGUACAAACGUGAUCUGUGUAUUUACGUCCGGUGAGAUGCCCAGAACCCUGCUCAGUUAUUCUUUCUUUGGGCAAAUGCGUCUGAUGGUCUGUCCAUUAAAGCAAUGGCGCAGAAAGGCUUGGUGUGCUCUUGGGGGAGAGGAACGCCCAGGAAGGGGUGGGACCCCCAGCGGCAGCCGGGAGGAUGUUGGUGGGGAGCGGCCACCACGUCUCACGGGACUGAGGGUCUCGGCCUGCUCUCCAUUCCCUGAUAAAGGCACUAGGCCCUGAACGCUGGCCCCUGCCCAGUGCCCGUCCAGCUCCAGGGCUCCUGGGAGGCCGCGUCAUCGACCCCCGAGGGGUCCAGGUGGCGUGCUCAGCUGGCUCAGCUCCCUUGUCCCCCAUCUGUUGUGAAUUUCCCUGGAAGCUCUAGACAGAAAUGGGGAGAACAGGCCCCCUAAGGAAGAUGUGGCCAUACAGUGGGGUGCUGGGCCUCCAAAACGGAGCCUGUGAAGGGCUGGGGAGCAGAACGCUUGUUGUAGGGGGCAUCCAGGGGUCAAAUGGUGAAGCAGGGAGUUGGGCUCCAUCCCGGGGGCCUUGGAAGUGCCCAUCAGAGCCGUCUGCCUGGGUUGUGCACCUGUGAACACACACAACUCCUUCAGGGCCUUUCUCUUGGCUUUGGGGGAGGCGGGCAGGAAGCCGGGGACCCCACUGUGGUGCUGAGUUUGUCAGCGGGAGGAUGCUGUGGGCACAGAGCUGCCCACAGCAGCCCUGGCAAAAGCAUGAGUGCAGGGCCAUGCUAAGCCCUGGAAGCACCGCGGCCACCUGCCGGCCUCCCCACCCCAGCCCCCUCUGAGAGUGCAGUCUGAAACCUGGGGUGGGCUUUGGGCCCUACCUGGCUGGGAAGUACCCCCAACCUCUGUGCUUUCUGCUGGCCUCGUGACCCCCCACCCUGGUCUCGUGACCCCUCACACUGGCCUCGCCAGUUCUGUCUAUUCCGUGGGGUACCAAUUACAGCUGAGUCUCGGGGCUCAGGCUGAGUGGGCGGCCCAGGUGAAGGAGCCAGCAUUUUUGGAGCCCUGUGGACAGCUGUCCCCCUGUGGGCCCCUGGCCUGAAUAGAUGAGCUAGUACCCUGCGCUACCCAGGCUGGGGAGGGCUGUUUGCCUAGAGGUCCAUCGGCAGACCCUGGCUCAUGUGCUGGGGGCCGCUGAGCGUGGAGUGUGGGAACGUGGCUCUGCCAGGCUCUUCCCUGCCAGGACCACCUGGCCCUGUGACCUUGGGCGACCUUGCGUGUGACCUUGGCAGGUGGUUUCCCUGCUCUUGAUUGGACAGCUGUGCUGGUCUGCGAAGUGAAUGUAAGAGCUUGUCCCAGAGCGGACGCUCCAGAUGGACUCAUGGGGCUCCCGACCCUGAACGGGAGCAAGAGGAGCUAGUCUCAGAUGGGGGAGCGUCUGCUGGGGCUGUGGGCUGAUGGACCCCGGGACCGCAGAUGACGGCCCGCCAGGCCCCCUUCCCCAGUGGGGCUGGGCUGAGUGUGAGAGCAGGGCCUCCCUGGAGCUUCCUCCCAUUGGGGCUGCUUGCCUGCUCACGGCUCCUUUCUGGGUGUCUCCUCACCAGCCUGGGACCCUGGGAGACAGGGCCAGGGUUUGAGUCUUUUCUGGGCCCCCAAGGGAGACCUGGUGGUCAAGUGGCCAGGAAGCUGUUUGCUCAGAGUGUGUCCCUGUGUCCCUGGGGCUGCUCUUGAGGGAGGAACCCAGGGUCACCCCUAGGCUGGAGACCAGGACCCAGCCUGGCCUCGGGGGUCUGCAGCAUGGGCAGGGCCUGGCUGUCACCCCACAGCGCCCCCAGCACCCCUCCACCAUCGGCUGGAAUCCACUCCCGCCCGCUGCAGGGCCAUGCGAUGCAAAGCUGGUGGCUUCUGCAGAAUAGAAAAGCGGCUAUUCAGACCAGGCCCUUCAGCUGCCAAAAAUGUGGAGUGUUCGCCGUCUGCCCCCGGCCCGUCAACCAGACCCUGGCCCUGUGCCCCCGGCCGAGGACCCUGCCUGGCACUCUGUGGGUGAAGCACCCCAUCCCACCACUCUGGCCCCGCGGCCUGCGCUGGCACCUGCCUCUGCAGGGCUGGCCACCUCAGGCUCCACCAGGCGCUGCGCUGUCCCGAAGGCCGCAUGUGGUUCUAGAGUGCAGGGUAGACAGACGGACGGAGACUUCUCCAGGUGGGGAUGCAGUGCAGGCCCCAGGCAGGCGGCCCAGCCCCAGCACUCACAGCCCUCAUGCGGCCCCUGGGCCUCAGGCUGCCCAUCUGGGGACGAGGAACCCGGAGUCACUAGCAGGCCCCUGGGCCCCGGCCUGCCCUCUUUGCACCUCUAAACUCUGGGCAGCCACGCCCUCUGCCCUCACAGGUGGGCUCACAGCCCGGCCCUCGCUCUUCCUGCUGCCCCUCCAGGGUGCUGGCCUCGCGGGCUUGGUGGACAUCAACCUGGGCAGCGCGGGGUGUCUGGUGUCUCCCUGGGUGCUUUGCGGGCUGGGCCUCCCUUGGGGCUGGCUGGUACUAGGAGCUGGGGUCCCUGCCUUUCUGUCUGGCGUCCCCUGCGUCCUUCCUGCAGGCCCUCAGGGAGGGGGAGCGGGCAGAGCCCCCUGCCUGCCGGGCCCCCAGCUGCUCCGAGGAGGUUGCAUUUCCGGAGGGAGAGGGGCGGCUGUGGGCUUGUCCGGACCUGCGCUCCCGGGGUCGCCGGCACCUGCGGGGGGGCCCCGCUGCUGCGUCAAGACGGAGGCUCAGCUCAGCCCGCGGCCGCCGCGGACCCCUGACCCCAGAGCCCCGUCCCUCGUCUGCCCUAGUCCCCAGCACAGUGGAGACCAGGAGCCCGGGUCCCCCACCACCCAGACUUCCUCCAGGGCGGGUCGUGGAAAAGCGAAACCCCGGGUUUUAAAUGCAGAGGGUGGUGGUUGUCACCGCUGGCCCCUAGAGAUGUGCUCCUUCGUUCAUUCUUGUCCCCGCAGAUGCCCUCCGGGGCUGCCCCAAGGUAUCAGACAGGAGCUCAGGGACCUCACAAGGCCUUGCUGUUGCUGGGCUGUUGUCAGUGAAGCUGUUUUCUUGGUUUAACUUUUGGGUCUUUGCUGGUGCGUGUUGACCCGUGCAGCUGGUGUUCGGAUAUUGUCCUGCAGUCCUGUGGCCUCGUUUUUAGCUCUGACGUCUGUGUGUGUCUGGGUUUCUUGGCAUUUUCCAUGUACAAGGUUGUGUCACCUUACAAUAGGAGUAGCUGACUGCUUUCUUCUCGAUCUAUUUCUUUUUUCUUCUUUAAUCGCCAGGGUGAGAACCUCUGGGAUAGUGGGGAGAAGCUGGCGGAGCAGACAUCAUUGUCUUGUUCCUGAUGGGGGGAAAGUUUUACGUUUUUCUGCCUUAAAUAUGGUGCCAGGUGUGGGUUCCUUCCAGGGUAAGGGAGUUCCCUCCUGUUUCUAGCUUGCUGAGUGUUUAGCAUGAAACGGUGUUGGAUUUUUUUCUGGGUGAUGCUUUUUCCACAGUAAUUGAGAAGAUCAUUUGUAUUUUUUUUAUCUUGUGAACAUAAUGCAUGUAUAUUGUGUGUGUAUACAUAUACACACACAUUUACACACACACAUACACGCACACACUUACAUACAUAUAUACACACAUAUGUA